AUGGCUUCUUCUUCUUCCUCCAAUUCUUCUUCUAAGCUUAAGUCAAUCAUGGACACCACUAGCCCAGAUUGGUCUACUCUCACCAAAGAUCUACUCAUCUCUAUAGCAAACCGUCUUGACUCACUCGGCGAUACUCUUCGCUUUCGCGCCGUCUGCAAUACGUUUAAAUUUUCAAUCCCAGCUCCCAAACGUUUCUCUCCUCCACGCUCAGACCUUAACAUUCCUUUUCCCUUCGAAAAACAUCGUCACAGUGGUGGGCACUUUGUAGUCAUCAGCUCCACGGUUUAUGCAUUCAAGUCCUUAACUCUUACACACGAAACCAACCAAACUUUGUUGGUUAGAGCCCAGAAGUCUCCCUCAGGCAAAGUCCGACUGCAAAACCCGCUCUUUGAAACUCGUCUGCAACUCUACUCGUCGUCCCAUAACUUACCAGAAUCUCUGAACCUGCUCGAUUAUCAUGUCAAGGAAAUCGAUAAAGCCUACCAUCUGGAACUAGUUUCUCCCGUUGAAGAUAAGCCCUUGCUUGAUUUUUUUCAGAAAAGUAGCUGCUUCCACGUGCAAUGA